AUGGAAUAUUAUUUAACAAUAUUUAUAAUACAAAUGCUGCCUUUAGCCUGGUCACUUCAAGUACCUUCAAAAACAAAGACAACUAAAGCUCCCUUAAAGGACGUAUUACCCUUUAAUACUACGCUAAUACCUAUUGUGACAGUUGUUCCGGAAAAACUGGCCGAAGUCCACAUCGACCACCAUAAAACAAUAAGAAUAAGCAAGGGAGAUCUGGAUGAUCUGCUGGAUGUUUAUAUGGAAAAAAUAGCUGAGAGUGCUGCCACCAUUAAGGACAAAGAAAUUGAGAUAGAUAAACUGCAAACCAAGGAUCAAACGGGCGAUGACUUGCUCCAGAAAUUCGAAAACCUCACUCAAGUGUGUAGUGCCCAGAAUACUACAUUUACAACUCUAAUUAAAGAAAAGGAUGCUAUGAUCAAGGAACUGGAGCAAAAGGUAAAGAUAUACGAGACGCGGAUGAAAAGAAAACAACAUGUUUUGACGGAACUGAGGAAACAGAACGAAUCCAGUGCCUUAUUAAUCGAGCAUCUUAAGGGAAAAGUUGUUUACUUCGAGAGAAAAUUCCGGGAAAAAGACGAUCUGCUGGCUGACUGGGAAGCUGCCACCACGAGUUGCGUCCCCUUUGGUACAUACCCUGGGAUCCAUUUGAUCCACUUGCCAGGGUUCCAGCCCUUUUUGGUUCCCUGCGAGGGACAAACUGCAGCUGGACCUGGAUGGACUUCCAUUCAGCGCAGGCUCGACGGAUCCGUGAACUUCUACCGUAAUUGGGAUGCAUAUAAAAAAGGAUUUGGCAAGCUGAAUAGAGAGUUCUUUAUCGGUUUGGAGAAAUUGCACAGAAUGACGAAUUCCCAGCCGCACGAGCUGUAUAUCAGCAUCAAGAGAUUCAACGGCGAGACGAGCUAUGCUCACUACGACAACUUUCUUAUCGGCAAUGAGGAGGAAGGCUACGAGCUCAAGUUACUGGGUCACUAUCAGGGGAACGCCAGCGAUGCGUUGCGCACCCACGACAAGAUGAAGUUCUCGACCUUCGACCGGGACAACGACGCCUUCACGCACAUGAACUGCGCGAAGCACCACCAGGGAGCCUGGUGGUACGACUUCUGUUCCCGCAGCAAUUUGAAUGGUAAAUACUUCAAGGGAGAGGUGGAUAGUCCGGAGAGCAUCUACUGGGAGCCGUGGUACAGCUUUCGGUCCUUGAAGUCCGUACAAAUGCUCAUCCGACCCAGGAGCCAAAUGGAGCUAAAGGACCUGCCGAAGGCCAAGCGGACGCCAAGGAAUCCGAGUUAAUUAGCUAUUAAUUUCAACAAUCGAGUGCUGGAGGCAGUAAAUUUUAACUAUAUAAAUCUCACUUCGAUGCCAGAACCUAUUAAUCUCUGUUCUUGCCGCUCAAACGCCCCCUUCGGCAGUUGAUUAGCUUUCGAUUUUGUAUUUAGCCCCGGUCUUGGGGUAAUUACUCCGUUACAGUUCAAUGCAUAUCGCUCUAGACUUUUUGUUUGUUUCCACACAAGUCAUUGGGUGCAAUUAAUUUUUAUUUUCCGCCGUUCUCGUAAUUUGCUCUGUUGCAACAAUUUAAUGAAAUCUAAUUGAGUGUGUGCACUGGGCCGAUAAAAAUGAAAUAACUCUGGACGCUGGGGAGAUUCCUCCGACUCAUUUGUCACUUGCACUUUCGUCGGGCGGCUGAAGCCGCUCAAUUGGAGUCAAUAAACGUUCGGCAAAUAAGCCAAAGGGGCGGUAUCUAAAUUAAUAUCGAUUCAACCGAAGAUUUACGACUUCGGUAAAGAGUUAUACGUACG